UAGAUCGAGUCCUUAAACGACACCAUGUCAGAAUGAAGCAGCUGUACCGAGUUCCAUUUCAAAGAAACUCUGACAUCGUAAAGGAGGCACGAUUCCAGUAUGUGCAGAGAAUAAUGGAGCUUGAAGCUGAGGGGGCACAUCACAAAUUCAUUUUUGUGGAUGAAGCCGGCUUCAACCUCUGUAAAGUGAGGAGACGCGGGAGGAACAUCAUUGGGCAGAGGGCCGCUGUCACAGUGCCAGGUCAGAGGGGUGCCAAUAUCACCAUGUGUGCUGCCAUCUCCAAUGAUGGGGUCCUUUGCCACAUACCAACCAUUGGCCCAUACAAUACAGAACGCUUCAUCACAUUUCUUGAUUCAUUGAAAGAAAUACUGAUUCCACCCGAAGAGAGAGGGCUGUUGAGGCCUGGCAUGACUCUGUAUGUCAUAAUUUGGGACAAUGUGGCUUUCCAUCACUCUCGCCUUGUGAACGAAUGGUUUGCAGCACAGCCUCGUAUUAUGAUGCACUUCCUUCCUGCAUACUCCCCUUUUCUGAACCCAAUCGAGGAGUUCUUCUCUGCUUGGAGGUGGAAGGUGUAUGAUCACCGGCCAUAUGAGCAGAUGCCCCUCCUGGAGGCAAUGAAUGCUGGUUGCCUGGCAAUAGGUGCAGAGGACUGCCAGGGAUGGAUGCGCCACGCAAGGAGGUAUUUCCCUCGGUGCAUUGCAAGGGAAAACAUUCAAUGCGAUGUUGAUGAGAACCUGUGGCAUAAUCGUCAAGAACGAAUGGACUAAAUGUGAAAG